AUGUCGGAUCGCCGGUCGCUAGUAUCGAUAGCGUCGGGUAUCUACGAGGAGAUCCCGGAGCUGCCCCCCAGCGAGCUCUACUGCCCCAUGAGUCGGGACGCGCCCACUUCCCGCCCCCGCCCCCUACCGGUAUUGGAGGAGCCCACCUACGAGUCUGUGGUGGAGUGUGUUUAUGCAACAGUGAGACGCGCGCGGCCGCCGCCUCUACCGCCGCGGCACACGUGCGGGUCUCGCGUGGGCUCCUCGUUCAGUUGCAAGUGCGCGAGCGCGGCGGGGGCCGGGCUGGGGGGCAGCGUGGUGGGCGUGGUGGGGGCGGUGGGGGGCGGGGGCGGGGGCGUCACGCGGCACGGCUCGCUGGGGUCGCUGCCGCGCUGCUGCGCGCGCCCGCCGCAGGGCAAGCCGCGCACCUUCAGCGUGUUCAGAAAAAGACUGAAAAGCGACUCACGCGUCGCCUGCUCACCCAAAUCGGACACAUCGAAAGAUAGCAAAGACGUGGAGACAAAAAAGAAAAAGUUCGACUUCACACCGACGCGGGACAUAUUCAAGAGCUUCAAGGUGUCCCGCAAAAUGCGCGGCCUGAAAAUAGGCAAAGGCGAAGCGAAGAGCUGCGAGUUCCUCGACGAGACCUCGCACGUGGACACAACGGCGACCACAGCGCGCUGCUCGAAAUCCGUCGAGUGUUUAGAGGACGAGUUCGACGACUUCGACGCGGAUCUGUCUAUAGAAUUCAACGACGACGCCAUAACCACACUGGCCCUCCCACAGGAGAUCGUGGACUUGAUAAUGCGGGAACAGUUCAAGAUACGCCUCAAAGACACGCCUGAAAGUGAUUAUUUACCGAUGUCCCCUAUCGUUCCGCCACCGCCUAUAGACCAUCAGUAUAUGGUGAUGUCACCUCGAACAAAUAUCGCCUAGUCAAACUUUACCGCCCGUACGAGGUAUGUUAUGUGUGAUAUAUUUAAUUUUAUUUGGUGUUAAAUUAAGUGAUAGAUAUACGUGACAGGGCGAGUGAAUGUGCUCGCAAAUACUGAUUGGUAAUUUGAUCAGCAACACGCUCGGCGUGUAGUCUUUUUAGAAAAUUAAAUACAAUCUGGUUAGUUUGCCAUCUUGAAAGCUAAGAUACAGGAGUUGGAAGUUUUUGUACUUAAAGAAUUUCUUAAUUUUCACAGCUUUUUAAAUGUCAUUCUUCAUUUGUCUUCAGAAAAUUACUCAUUAUUUUUAAUAUUUCCACACUCACUGCUUCCUAGCGUUACCUCGGUUGGCAAAUUUUAUCCUUAAGAAAUGUGGUUAUUUUUCCUAAAUAUAUAUUGUAAAAACAAGAAGAAAAGUCUGACACAAAAGUGUAGUAGUACUUAAAAUGUAUGUCAUCUACUCAAUUUGAUACUUUAUGUAUCAAAUUUGUAUGUCAUCUAUAAGUCAUGUAAACAUAAGUAUCAAAUUGAGUAAUUGAUUAUUCAAUUACAACACUUAACGGCUCGAAUAUUGUUGGAGUGCACCAAUAGGCGGAGUACUGCAAACGCAAUAUUGUGUUAUAUCAGUUUUGAUUAUCAUAAUAUACACUUUUGUAUCAAGUUCGGAAAUGUUAGAAUAAUGUUUCGAACGUAUUUACGGUGUUUAUUAGGUUUGCUCAAUAAAAUAUUUGCGUAGACUCGAAAGUCGAUGCUUGAUUGCCAAUAAAUUGGAAAUUUAAAUUAGAAGUCAUUUACUAUGAACAAAUUUACAAUUUUCAUAUUAGUAGUUUGAUAGAAGCGGACGUAGGUAUUGUUGUUUUUACAAUAUGCAGUUGAGAUUGUAUACACACAAUGUAUGAAGUUCCAAAUUAUACAUUAAUAAAUACAAAAUGGAUAGUGAUUUUACACCGAGGGAGAGAAGUUAUAACAAUGUCACUCAUACCCACUACUGUAACGUCACUUUUUGCAUAAGAAAUGGAAUUAAAAUAUGUAUUUUUGAUAUACUCUGUGUUGAAUGUGAGCGGGUUAUUUGGUAAAAGGCACUGACUUGUGAAAUUUUCACUAUUGUGAAGGAUUACAAUACAAAAAAAAGUAUUGAAAUGUGGUGUUUGUGAAUGUAAGUGUAUGUAACUUAUAAACAUCAAAAUUAAUAUAAAUUGCAAUUCGUUUUGUAAGACUAAUAUUGUGUUUCAGAAUAUUUCACUUGUAGUCUUCAUAAAUUAUAUUAGCACAACUAAAAACCAUCACAGGAUCAUAAGGUGCUUCCUUGAAUGUAUUUCAAAAUAAAAAUACCUUACAUUCGAUC